AUGGAUCGGGACUUAAGCCGCUACUUCCCUCGUCCCCUUCAUUUUGAAUGCAACCAUUCCCAAACCCUAACCCUAGUGAUCUCUCAGUCGUCGCCACCUUAUCCCUCCAUAUUGCAGUCGCCGCUAACCCCUUUCGCCGUCGCCUUGAACCACCCAACGGCUGCCAUCACAACUUUGGUGAUGGGAUUGAACCUUGAUGUCGUGGUUGCUGUUAUUGUUUUCUCAACCGUCGUGCCUUCGUUCCUCCUAGUCGUCGGUUACUAUGCUGUCUUUAUUGCUGUCACGUUGCGUUGCUGUCAAGCUCCGCCAUUGUUGGCCACUGUCGGGAUGGAAGAAACACACCGAUUUCAGUCGAUGUUAUCACUCUUGGUGAAGGAUCUCACCCCCUCUACUCUUCGUUCUGUCGCUGCCGCUCACAAGACUCUUAUUUUGAACUCCGGUCAACAUCCACCACCCCCGAGGGUGGCUGUUGUACAUGUGUUUCAGUCGUGUGUUGCAAGGAUGGGUUUGUUCUCGGUAUUUCAUCUCAUGUUGGUGACUGCGGUUUGUGGUUUGCAGUGA